ACAUUCAAAUUUCCGGGUUAUCAAAUACGAGAUUCAACUUUCCCAAACGGUUUUGACCAGAAAUUGUCCACAAAAUUUCAGAAACAUAUUCUUUCCCAAUCUUCUAGGUUUCAGAAGCAUGCUCUGUUUUCUCUUCCAAAAACAGAGCAACCAAUUUCAUCGAUUCCCUCACCAAUGAGGUUUCUGUUCAAAGACCAGCUUUUUGUUCUGGUCUUGUUCAGUGCUCUGUUCUUCGUCUUCUUCUCCAGGUACUUCAAAAUCAAAACUCGAGGAAAACACCAUAAUGACUGCAAUUUCACUCCUCCCGGCAAAGAACCAAUUCUUGAAGAAGACUGUAGCGAAACUUUACAGAAGAGUACUGAUUUUGAAGAAAAAGAAACGCCCUUUUCAGCUCUAAGCUUUCGGUUUCCAACUUUCGAGGAAUUCAUUGGAACUAGAGAGAAUGUUGAUUCAUCCAUCUCUGAUACUUCAAACGAGAAUGGUUCGGUUCCUUCAAUUCCUGAUCCGGAUUUCAACCUUCAUCAUCCCAGAGAAGACCCAGAAAAUUUUCCCCAAAAUAAUUUAAAUUGCACCGAUGAUUUCAGCAACGAAGAGUUGGACAUCAAAGAAGAAACCCCGAAAGAGAAUGAUCGGAAAAUUGAAGAUUCCGAUAAAUUUGUGUCGGAAGAGGAGAACCUGAUAGAAUUGCUGCAAAAGGUCAAAGGCCACGGUCCUGGGCUGCCCCAAAUUCCAGAAGAAUCCGAGUACACAAUACCAAUGGAAGAAGAUCCAAAGCCAUGGAGGACGAAAGAAAACUUCGAUUUCAGAAACUUUACGAAAGAACUCCACAAAUGCCAUAAAAUUUACAGAGAAAGGAUGCAAAAAUACGACACUUUAAAUCACCAAAAGUUGUACGCAAAAGAUUUGAAGAUGAUGCAGUCGAAAGAUCCAAUGGGCUCUGUUUUAUCGAAAAGCUUGUGCGCGUGCAGGCCAAAGAAGGGUGAUUUGGGGGCAGGGAAGAAGAGAGAAAUUGACGGGGAUUUGGAAGUGGUGUACGUGGGGCAAUUGUGGGAUUCUUGGGAGUUUCUUGUGCGGCAGUAUAAGAAAGCCUUGGAAGUGUGCGAUAGAGGGGAUUGUGGAAGCUGCAGAUUCAAUGAAGUUGCAGGAAAAUUUCAACAUUUUCAAGUGGUGAUUCAGAGAUUUAUGGAGAAUGAAGCGUUUGAAGAAGGCUCCAGAGUUGAAUGUUACGCUAGAAAUCGACUUGGCAGGAGAAAGCUUCUUCAAGUUCCUAUUAUCAAAGAAGAUGAAGUAAAAGAAAAUGACAAAAAAGAAAUAAUAGGGGAUGGGGCCGACGAUGACAAUGAAAGUGCAAUUAAAAUUGAUAGGUUUAUUGAGAUCUUGCAAGAAUCGAAAGUGAGAAAGUUGAAGAAGAUGAUUACGAGGAAAAAUAUGAGAGAUACGAUAGAAGAUGAACAAGAUGAUGAAAUUUAUUUCUUUACUUUAGUGGAUUUGAAGUUGCUGUCAAGGGUACUGAAUAUGCAAAGGAUUACAAGAGAUCAAUUGAGUUGGUGUCACCAUAAAUUGAGUUGCAUUAGUUUUCUAAGUGGGAAGAUCAAAGUAGAGCCUUCAUCCCUCCCCUUUCCUUCUUUGUAG